GUUGCAGUUCACACUUGGGAAAAGAAGGCUGAAGAAUCGCAGUUGCUGCAGUGUUCGGUCACAUUAAGUGUAUUUGUAUGUGCUACGAGCAAACAAAUAGCUCGAUGGGUCUAGGCACAGACACAACUCCGAAUUCAGGCCACCGUAAUGAUUUAUCCAGUGGUUCCGGUUGUUUUUAUAGUGUUCUUGGAGUAUCACGUAAUGCUGACGAUGCUGCUAUCCGGAAAGCGUACCGUAAACUAGCAUUACAAUGGCAUCCUGACAAAAAUCCGAACAACAAUGAAGUUGCAGAACAAAAAUUCAAGCAUAUAACUCAAGCAUAUGAAGUCUUAUCAGAUCCAAAAAAGCGCAGCUCGUAUGAUCGUUCACGUCUGACUAAUUCACAGCGUCACAAUAAGCAGUCGCGUGAUAUUUUCCAUCAUCGAUUUCGCUCACCUUUCGAUAUCUUCGAAGAAUUUUGUGGCCAAAAGGACCUGUUUGACGAUUUCAUGAUGGAUGGCAAACCUUUUUCACCGUUCUUUUUUCGAACAAGAUCUGAUAGCGUUGAUUCAUUGUACAGGAGAGCUGGAAGUCAUAGAAGGCGAUUUGCCGACAAUUUUUUUCCCGAUGAUAAAAGAAAUAGUGAAUUUAUCAAUGAAAAUGACUGCAGCUUCUCAUCAGUAAUACAAUUUUCGUCCGCAGAACCAGGAAAGAAUGCCUCUAGUCGUAAAACAACAACAAGUACGAAAAUAAUCGGUGGGGUCAAAGUUGUUACGAAAAGGGUAGAAACAGAAGGUAAAGAAACUAUUGAAGUGACUGAGAACGGUGUGCUGAAAUCACGAGUCAUCAAUAAGAAUCCUGUCGGAGAAGCCAACGUGUAGUGCCAUUCAUUAUAGAGGAACUUUUCAAAUGAUAUUCUUAAUUUGAAAUAGAAAGCAAAAUAUUUCAAAUUGUUUUUCGAAAUAGCAAAUUACUCCCACCUCGUUUAUUAGUUCUCACCUAUUUUAGUCUGAUGAGGAACCUCUGCUUAAGCGAUAUCAUGAAUGUGAUUUAUUGAUCUUCCUGAACUUUCAUAUUCAUAACUUUCACGUCUUUUGCCUUAUUAUGAUGUUGC